AUGAGAUACCCAGCUACUAUCACACGUACAGACGGUAACUCACAUACGAUUUCAAAUGAAAGAGAGCUCUCUGAUUGGACAGCAGACCAAAAAGAGAAGUUUAUUAGAUUUGACUAUUCAAAUGAACAAUUUUUUGGAAUUGGAGGAACCCCCUACAAAAAAAAAGACUAUUUCCUAAUAUUCAUGGGGAGAAGUGGUGUUGGAAAGACAACUUUGCUUGAGUUCUUUCUCAAUAUUUUGACUGGCCAAAUGGACUCUCCAAAAUCACUUCGUUUAACAAAAUAUGAAGAAACUGUACCUGGAAAGAGCAAAACCCAAAAAGUUUGUCGUUACCGAAUCGAGUACUUUUCCGAUCAGAACAAGUUUCAAUUUUCGAUUACCCUUAUCGACACACCAGGAUUUUUAGAUACUGCAGGAGCCGACAAGGACAAGGAGCACAUCAAGACAACUCUCAAUGAGAUCUCGAAUCUCGAGAGAAUACAUGGAUUUAUCUAUGUAGUAUCGGGUGCAUUGACAAGAAAAACCCUCGAACCUCUCCAAUCCAUCUCAAAUGUAUUUUCAUAUCUCAAGAGAGAUGCAUUGGAAAAUGUGUCAACAAUCAUUACAUUUUGCGAUAACUUGAACCAAGCUUCAAAUAGAAUCAAGAUUGAAAACCCAUUCCAUAUUCCACAAAUGAAAAAGCUUGUCGAACUCAAAGAAGCUUUUCUUGACUGGUUCAAUCAACUGUUGGAGAAAAAUACGUCUUGUGGGGUUGCAGAGGCGAAACUAUCUGAUUUUAAAGACGUUGAAGCUCCCCAAAUCCGCCAUUUAAUAUCAAAGGAUUGGCUUAAACAGCAAAAGUGUAAAUUGAAUAGCGAAGGAAAGGCGAUUCGAAAGGUGCCCAGCACUGAAAAAUGGUCCAAUGGAGGCGUUUCGACCGUCUGCAUGUCUUCAGAUUGCAGGCCCAACUCAAAGGAGGUGUGUGAUGAAGGAUGUAAAUGUUAUCUCCCAAUUAAAAAUGUUGCAUUUAAUAUCAGGGAUUGUCGAACCUUCCGUAAUAUGUUCAUGAUACGUUAUGAUGAGUGUUUUUAUUGUGGUUGCAAAUAUUCUCUACACAUCCAUUCCGAAUUCAAAAUGAUGUGGGUCGAAGACGACGAAAUCACAGCCAAAUAUAAUGAAGCUCAAGAGCAAGACAAAGAAAUACCCAUCAAAACCAAGGAAUUGGAAAAAGAAAUUUCCAAUAUUGCUGCCAAAUUUAGAGAACAAAUUGAAGAUGUUUCCAAACUUAAACAAAGACUUCAACAAUUGGACGCUGGUGACAUCCAAACCAUUGUAGAUGAUUCAAUGAAAAAGGCUAAGCAUCAUUUAAAUAUUCUCGAGAAUCAAUCGCCCCAACCAAAUGAAGGUAUCCAACAAUUGAAAGAUCUACUCGAAAAACUAAAAACCUUUAUACAUGUAUAA